CACGCCCAAGAUAGAACUUUAUGUCUGACUUCUAAAUACGAAAGAGUGAGUCACAUUCUACAAACAACCAGCGAACGCUUUGUUAGCAAGAAUGAUCUUGGUGGAAGUUGGUGGAGCUUUCACUUGAUAAUACCGUCGUCAUAAAGCUGAAAAAGAUAUAAUAAACAGUUCACUUGAUUGAUACUGUGAUUAUUGAAGGUCAUACUGUAUCUCAAACCUGCUUCCGCUCACUUUUUCUCGUGUCUGUGAGGAAUUUGACGAAGCUUUUCGCCCAUAACAACCUGGUGAUGAAGCACAAGCAUCGAUCCAGUAUGCACAUACACAGAUACACAGUGGAGACUUGACUCAACACAGCACGCAACUGUCAAUCUUGCGCAAACCAAGCUAAAAGUUGAAGCGAGUGUUUCGAUUCGAUUCGUUUCCACAAGAGUUCUCACAAUAUUAUUUCUCACCAGAACACAAAAUCCAAACAACCAAGCAAACAAAAUAAUCCAGAAUCAUGGCAGCCAAGCAAGCCUCUCGCAGCAACAGCACCAAGAAAAUGAGUAAAUCAUCCAAAUCUUCCUCCCCUUCCACGUCCCCACGCAGUGACAAGGAACUUCUCAAGUCGAUGGGCGAAGAAGCCUUUCACCAAUCCUUUUGUCGUCUCCCCAAUGAAGAACCCAUGCACAAGUGGGACACGGACGAAGUCGAGGCACAUCAUCAACGCAUGAAAAAGUUGGACAAGAAACUUGCCAAAGCAAAUGACGAGAUUGCUCGACUCAAGGCAAUGCUUCGACAAGAAGAUGAAAAGUGCGAAGAGCAGUUGGAACAAAUGGCCCAACGAGAGCAAGACGCAUGGCAGGGCAUUCGUGACUUUGAAGAACAGCAACAGGAGGCCCAGAAGGAGGAAAUGUCCAACAAGAUUCAAUUCAGUCAGCUUCAGGCCAAGUUGGGAGCCAACAUGCAAAAGAUCAAGGACUUGCGAUGCGAAAGCACAUUGGCCAACAAGGAUUUGAGAAAAAUGGAAAAGCAAAUGGACAAGCUCAAGCAACACAAUGUCCGACUGGAGGGGCAGUCCGCAGACUUGUUCAGCUCGUACUCGGAGCUGUGCAACAGCAGCGUCUUUGAAGAGUCCAACCUCCUUCAUGACAUACAGGAGGAAGCAAAGCUGGAUUUCCAAGGCUACAAGGAGGCAGUUAAGGCCAUGCAGGAACGAUACAUGUUGGAGGCAGAACAACGACUCAACUUGCAAAAGACCAUGGCGGAGAUCUUGCACACAAUCCAAUCAGACUCCAAGAGCGGAAAGUUGGCCAAUAUUUGCUUAGACAUUGGAUUGGAGUGCGAGAAGCGAGCCACCGAGCUCAUUGCCGCAGUCCAAGCGGAGCACGGUCAGUAAGCAACAAAAAAAUAACGAGAUUUGACAACCUUCUGGGUUGGCUGCAUGGUGGGCGAUAGCUUGCACCGAAAUUGGAUUGGAGUGCGAGAAACGAGCGCCCGAGCCCCGGAGAUUUAUCAAGCCCCAGAGAUAGAGAAAGUGUGCAUUACUUCUAUAUAAUGAUAAUCCUUGUUCAUCAACU